AGAGAGGAUAAAUCAAGAGAUCGUGAUUAACAUUUUUCUCUUUUCAUUUGGUUGCUGUUGAGAAAAUCUUCUAUUUCGAUUUCUCUCGCGUUGCAUUUGUGAACAAUAUCGAAUUUCAAAAGUCAGGAUCAAUUUAGCAAAGUGCAACUUUUUCGGGGUGUAGUCUCGAGUGCGUUAAGUUUUAUUGAAAGAAUUGAAAAUCGUUUCUAUCCAGUCUCGAUAACAUCGUUUAUCAUAGAUUUUUUGGUGUUCUUUUUUCAAUUCGAGUCGAGAAUGAAAAAUAUAUUUUGCUGAGGGGAGUAUAAAACAAGUCGACCGUACCUCGGACGGUCGACUAAUAAUCGACGAAAGAAUUUUGAAAAAGAUUAUCUAGCAUUAUCAUCACAUCGUCGUGUCGAUCGCAGAAAGCAACAGUAAAACAGCAGCAGCAAGAUGUUCAUAUUCGCCCAACGCGACGGUAUGUCGACGAAUAGUAACAGCAGACAAGGAUCUACGUCACGACGUAAUCGUUACGCUCGUUCAUCGACAACGACCAGCGUAACACAGCUUUUAACAGAUUCCUGCAGUAAUUUGCUGCAACGAUUGACCACCAGGGUACGUGGCACUUCAACAGCCAACGACCGAUCGAUCGGAACAAGACGAUCACCUCUCAAUGCCAGCAAUUAUCUUAGCAAUGCAAGAACUAGAUUAGAAGACAAGUAUUCUUCAAUAUUAGACAAGUAUACCAAUAGGAAAACUAUCGAUGAUAAGGAAAAGAGUAUUGACUAUGGUAGUAAUAUCAAUAUUGCUGCUGCUGCUGCUGGUUAUUUUCGAAGGAAGGAUGAACGGGAACAUAGUUUUCAUCGAAGAGAUUCUUACGGCAGGGAUGAAAAAACAUUGGAACCAUCGUUGCCACGAUCGGUCAUCAAAAGUACUACCAAUGUACUUCUAAGUGAGAAAGCUUAUCCAUACGUCAGUUCUAGAACUAAUAAAGAAUUGAAACGUGAGAAAACACCUGGUUAUCGUAGGACAUCGGAUAGACAAACUUUAUUAGGUUCGGAAGCUUACCGACAUUACGGUAGACACAAAUCCGGUCACGCUGAGACACGCAGUAGAAAGGUCAGACCACAUCGGAAUGGUAAAAGCGAACAACUCGAUUGCAAGUCGACCUCUUCUCUUAGAUCUUUAGCUCGGCCAAGCAGAGUCGAACCUUUGAGCUUAGUUGCUGGCAAGGAAGUUCUUAACGAUCCAGAGAAAACACCAACCGAUGAUGGUGGUGUUGUUGCUGCUGCUUCUAAUAGUGCUGCUGGUGAUUGUAUUACUAUUGUAAAUGAUGUUAUAUCAAAGAACGAGCUAAAGAAAACCGAAGUUAACGAACAAGAAGAAGAAGUUGAUCCUGCUAUUUCCGAAAGAGCAGCCAAACGCAAAGAGAUUCAAAGUUUGAUUAUGAAAUAUGCGGCUAUGGAUGAGGCUUUCAGCGAAAUUGCUACUACCGGUGGUGGUAGUGUUGGUGGUGGUGGUGGUGGUCAAGGAAAAAAUGCUAAACCAAGUACUACCGAUAUCAUCGCUAGCAAGUAUAAGAAGAAUACUCAUGGUAGUAAUAACAAAAAGGAUAUCACAAAGAAUUCAUACGCGUCAAAUAUUUCUUCUUCCUCUACUGUCAUUAACGAGUUGGAUUCGAAUCACGCGAUCAGCCCACGACCGCCCUCCGUUGAGGACGACGAAGACGGCCACCUUGUUUACCAAUCCGGCGACAUCCUGGCAAAUAGAUAUAAAGUACUGGCCACCCUAGGAGAGGGUACUUUUGGAAAAGUUGUCAAGGUUAAGGACUUGCAAAUGGAUCACGUAAUGGCUCUCAAGAUUAUCAAGAACGUUGAGAAGUACCGUGAAGCUGCGAAGCUCGAGAUCAACGCAUUGGAGAAGAUUGCCGCUAAGGAUCCCGAGGGACAUCAUUUGUGUGUCAAAAUGUUAGACUGGUUCAAUUACCAUGGACACAUGUGUAUCGCCUUCGAGAUGCUUGGCUUGAGCGUUUUCGAUUUUUUGAGAGACAACAAUUAUCAACCCUAUCCAUUGGAACAUGUUAGGCAUAUGGGUUAUCAGCUUUGCUAUGCAGUCAAGUUUUUACACGACAACAAACUUACGCACACCGAUCUUAAACCCGAAAAUAUCCUAUUCGUAGAUUCCGAUUACGAUAGCACGUACAAUAAUAAAAAGCGAAAAGAUGUAAGGCGCGUUAAAAGGACCGACAUCAGACUAAUCGAUUUUGGCAGUGCUACGUUUGACCAUGAACACCAUAGCACAAUUGUUAGUACAAGACAUUAUAGAGCACCUGAAGUCAUUUUAGAAUUAGGAUGGGCUCAACCUUGUGAUGUAUGGUCUAUUGGUUGCAUUCUAUUUGAAUUGUACUUGGGUAUAACUUUAUUCCAAACUCACGAUAAUCGUGAACAUUUAGCUAUGAUGGAACGUAUACUAGGUACAAUUCCACAUCGUAUGGCCCGAAAAACAAAGACGAAGUAUUUCUAUUACGGUAAAUUAGAUUGGGAUGAUAAAAGUUCGGCUGGCAGAUAUGUUCGCGAUAAUUGUAAACCUUUAUACCGUUAUUUGUUGUCGGACGACGAGGAACAUCGACAAUUGUUCGAUCUUAUUAAAAGGAUGUUGGAGUAUGAACCAUCGAUAAGGAUAGCAUUAAAGGAUGCUUUGCAACAUCCAUUUUUCGAUGCGCUUCCGGCGCAUCAAAGAUUAACGGAUCAACGUGCAGCCGGUGAUUCACAACAAAGUCAUGAACGAUCGCAUUCGCUCUCUCGAUGAAGCUAGGAAAGGGACCGACUUCCGUACUGGACAGACACUAUUAAUAAUAUUAAGAAAAUGAAUAAUAAUAAUAAUAAUAAUAAUAAUA